UCUAAUAUACAUUUUAUGAGCUGUCUGUUUUUCAGUAAUCUCUUCACAACAUCAAUUUGGAUAUACAGUCACGUCCAAAAGUAUUGGCACCCUUGAUGAGGAAAAAAGACUAAAUUCAUCAUACAAAUGCUGAGCUACUUUGCAUACUCCACUUUUUUUUUUACCUUAUAUUCUAUUAUACUAAUACAAUUGCGCAGAGAGAGAUUUUGUUGAUCAAAUAAUUUUUUUUCUCUCUCUAAAAUGUAUGUCAAAAAAUUAUUGCCACCCGUUUUCAAUAUGUUGUGCACCCUCCUCUUGCUAGGAUAAUGACACAGCCUUUUUCUAUAUUUUUUUAUGAUAUUGGACAACACAUUGGGAGGGAUCUUAGACCAUUUCCAGAUACUUUAUAUCCCAUGGUCUGUGCUUAUGGACCGCCCUCUUCAAUACCAGCCACAGGUGUUCAAUGGGGUUCAAGUCCAAUGACUGAGACAGCCAUUGCAAAAUGUUGAUUAUGUGGUUAACUAUUUCUUUGUGGAUUUCGGUGUGCUUGGGGUCAAUGUCUUGCUGGAAGAUCCACUUCUGACCAAGUGUCCACCUCCAGGCAGAGGCAAGCAGGUUUUGGCUAAAAUGUCCUUGUACUGGGUAAGGUUAAUGAUGCCGUUCAUCUUAACAAGGGCCCCAGGACCAGUGGAAGCAAAACAGCCCCAUAACAUCAAAGAUCCACCACCAUAUUUUACAAGCAAACCCCCGAAGCAAGAGGAACUGUAAUUCAUGAACCCUGCAAGAGGAGGGAGACUAGAGAUAAGUAGAGGAGACUGAGUGGGAGUUCUACCAGCAACAGGAGUUUCAGACCACCACCAUCACCACCCAGACAUGCUCCAGGGCAUGGACAGCAUCAGCAGUUGUUUGGGGGGUUCGGAGGGGCCAGAGAGCAGGUACGAGACUCCCCCAGCCUCAGAGCUCCAGAGGCUGAUGUGGACCAAACCAGGGACCAGUGACCAUAUGGAUGAGGUCCAGCCCAGGAUCUACAUAGGAGACAUGUAUGCAGCCAAAGACAAGAGGACACUCCGGACUCAUCACAUCACCCACGUCUUGAACGCAGCGGAUGGGAAGUUUAAUGUGAACACAGGUGCCAGCUACUACAGGGGCACAAAAAUAUCCUACCAUGGAGUGGAGGCAUUCGACAUGCCCUCAUUUGACCUCAGUACAUUCUUCUACUCUGCGGCCAAAUUUAUCAAGACUGCCCUGAGCUCACCCACCAGUAAUGUGUUGGUCCACUGCGCGAUGGGUCUGAGUCGCUCGUCCUCUCUGGUCCUGGCUUAUCUGAUGAUCGAUCAGAACCUGACCCUGGUGGAUGCCAUCAAGGCUGUGGCUGCAAACAGAAACAUCUGUCCCAACGCUGGAUUCCUGGAGCAGCUCCGAGACCUGGACAAACAACUCCACUACCAGGCUAGACGACAGUGAAAACACGUUUUUGCUGAGACUUAGAUGGAUAGUCUAAUAGUGUAGGGGACAACUGUGCAGUCACUAUACUCAUACUGUAGAUGGUUUUAUUAUUUUGUAAAGAUGUGUUAGAAAUAAAUCCAUUGCUAAUGUGAUCAACACAUUCAACUUUUCUCAUAAAAAAUGGUUGUCUAACAACAAUUUCAAGCCACCGGGGUCUGACAACCUGGAUGGAAAAUUACUGAGGAUAAUAGUGUACGAUAAUGCCACAUCUUCAAUUUAAGUCUACUAGAAAGUGUUUGUCCUCAGGCCUGGAGGGAAGCUAAAGUCAUUCCGCUACCCUAGAAUAGGAAUGCCCCCUUUACUGGCUCAAAUAGCCGACCAAUCAGUCUGUUAACAACCCUGAGUAAACUACUGUAAAAAAAUGGUGUUUGACCAGAUACAAUGCCAUUUCACAAUAAACAAAUUCACAACAGACUUUCAGCACACAUAUAGGAAAGAACACUCAACAAGCAUGGAACUUGCACAAAUGACUGAUGAUUGGCUGAGAGAAAUUUAUAAAAUUAUUGUGGGGGUUGUCUUGUUAGACUUCAGCGCAGCUUUUGACAUUAUUGAUCAUAGUCUGCUGCUGGAAAAACCUGUGGGUUAUGGCUUUACACCCCCUGCUAUAUUGUGGAUAAAGAGUUACUUGUCUAACAUAAUCCAGGCAGAAGCAGGAAUUCCCCAGGGUAACUGUUUAGGCUCCUCACUUUUUUCAAUCUUUACUAACAACAAGCCACUGGCUUUGAGUAAGUAAGUCUAUGUAUGCGGAUGACUCAACACUAUACACACACACGUCAGCUACUGAAAUGCAACUGAAAUGACUACAACACUUAAAGAGCUGCAGUUAGUUUCAAAAUGGGUAGCAAGUUUGUACGAAAUAUUUCCAAAACUAAAAGCAUUGUAUUCAGGACAAAUCAUUCAGUAAACCCAAAACCUCAACUACAUCUCGUCAUGAAUAAUGUGUAAAUUGAGAAAGUUGAGGUAACUAAACUGCUUGGAGUAACCCUGGAUUUUAAACUGUCAUGGUAAAAAAAAAUACACCUUGGAACAGCGGGGACUGUGAAGUAACACACAUAGGCACAGACAGAUGAUAAAAUACUCACUCACUAUACAUACACUUAAACAUGGAUUUUGCAUUGUAGAUAUGUGGUAGUGGACUAUGGGCCUGAAGGCACACACUUAAUAUGUUGAGAAUUCUGUAAUGACUGUAUUGUAAUGUUUUUAAAAUUGUAUAACUACCUUAAUUCUGACGGAGCCCAGGAAAAGUAGCUGCUGCCUUGGCAGCAACAAUAAAUACAAAUACAAA